UCUUCCUCAGAUAUGAUGCUUUUUGGGACUGUCAUUGAAUUUGUUAUUUGUUUCUCAUUAAUAGGCAGAAGUGGCUGUGUGAUGAUGAAUUCUCUGUCCUUACUGAGUGUUUCCUUAAGUUUCUUGUGUCUGUUUGCCCUGACGUUGGGAGCAGAAGAUGAGAAAAUUGCCAGAUUGUUAGCAUCUAAGAAUGUUAUGAAUCAAUAUUUGGUUGAAGGAAAAGAUGUAACUGUAGAAUACAGGAUCUUCAAUGUUGGGGAAGCUACUGCUACAGAUGUGAAACUGAAGGAAGAAGGAUUCCCAGCAAGUGACUUCAGUCUCGUGCAAGGUUUCCUUGAAGUUCAGUGGGACAGAAUUGCUCCUAAGAGCAAUGUUACACAUGCGGUCGUUAUGAAACCUCUAAAGUUUGGAUUUUUCAAUUUCACUGCUGCACAGUUGACAUAUCUUCCAAAAGAUGAUGCUGAAGAAAGAAUGAUUGGUUAUACCAGCGCUCCAGGAGAAGGUGGAAUUAUAAAUCAAAAAGAAUUUGAAAGAAGAUUCUCGCCGCAUGUGCUUGAUUGGCUGAUAUUUGCUAUUAUGACCUUGCCUUCUCUUGGAAUACCCUACAUGCUUUGGUACCGCAGCAAAAGGAAAUACGACAAUGUACGAUCAAAACGGAACUGACACUGUUGUAAUUUAAUAUAGAAUUUAUAAAAUAAAAUAAUUUUUUUUACAAA